AUGUCGUCGUCUGACUUGAUGAAACAGCUUACAGCCAACCCAGCUGUGCUAGCAAUUGCUCUCGGUGGCCUCGCUGUCGUUGGUAGCCUCUACGUCUUGGGAGGCAAGCCGCAGAAACCAGCUCCUCAACCAGUUGAAGAACGGGAUACUGUGUUCUUGUACGGAUUUCCGAAGGUUUCCGUGGAGCAUUAUCGUGGAGUUAAUAUGUCUCCAUAUGUGACCAAACUGGAAUUAUACUUACGAAUCUGCAAGGUCAAGUAUGUUUCCAAGCUCACAGAACGUACAAAAGCUCCACGCUCAAAGACACCGUAUAUUAAAUACAACGAGGACAUUGUGGGCGACACAUCACUCAUCAUUCGAUACCUGGAAAGAAAUGGCGUCUCUCAAUCUUUGGACAGUCACUUGACCAAAGAGCAAGUUGCGAUUGGAACCGCACUCUUUUCUCUUGCUGAAGAUCGCAUCUACUGGGCUACAGUAUACCAAAGAUGGCAACACGAACCAAACUGGGCUGAGACCACACAUGUAAUCUUUGGUGGCAUGCCAGCACCAAUGCGUUACAUCAUAGCCAACUAUCUCGCACGUCCUAGUGCCAUAAAGCAAUUAUACGGUCAAGGAUUCGGACGUUUCUCUUGGGAGGAUGUAGUGUCAUUCGCUGAUGCUGCAAUUGACGCAGUCAGUGUGUAUCUAGGAAGCAAGAAGUAUUUGUUUGGUGAUCAGAUCUCGUCGUAUGAUUGCAGUGUAUUUGGAAUGAUCUCGUCGAUCUUGUAUUGCACACACUUUCCGGACAAUAAGCUUCGAGAUCUUGUGUUGAAGCAUAAGAACCUCGUGGAAUACUGUGAUAACAUCAUGAAGGCAUUUCAAGGUAGACAUGGUCGAGCAUACUUGUUUAAGAAUGUUGAAAAUGUGACUGUUGGAGCAAAGGAAGAUCGAAUCUUGAUUACUGGAUUGCAUACUGUCGCAGACAUCAACUGCAACGUUUGCAGCACGAUUGUUGGUUGGAAGUACUUGUAUGCCUAUGAAGAAACACAAAAGUACAAGGAAGAUACCUUCAUCGUCGAGAAAAACAAGAUCUCCAAAGAAAACAACUGGAAUGCAUCUGAAUCCUGA